AUGGCUGUGGGGGUACUCCCGGGCCAGGCGAACGGUUGGCCUCCAAAGGUGGCUCCCGAUGCAUUCUCUGAUCGGAUCCCACUCCCAUGCAACGGCGGAUCGCCGGAACGGAAUGUGUUGGGGGAAUCCUACCGCCCUUUCUUUUGGGAUAUUGUCUCGAUCUGUGACCUCUAUUCGGUGGCCCACAUCAUUCUGCUUCCACCCUCGCUGCGUAGGUCGUACGGUUCUUUUCCAGUGCGUAAUGGCAUGCACGGAGCGGGAGGGGCGAACGGGGCGAACGGGAUGAAUGGGGUGAAUGGGGUGAACGGGGUGAACGGCAUCAAUGGACACCGGCCGGCCGCAGAAGCACCAAGUCGUUUCGCCCAGGCCCUCAGUCAUGUCGGUCUCGGUAACCCCAGCUGGACCGCCGAUGGUGUUUCCGUGUUCACAGCAAUCCUGCCUACGUCAGACGGCUACGUCAGCCGCUCUGGCUUCCUCCAUCUCCGCCUCCAGGAUUGCCCUAUCGCCAUCUCCAAGAUCCAAGAGAAUGCGGUGCCUCUGAGGAAGUACACGGCACCCAGACUGUCUCCUCCAACCGUCAACUCGGAAGAUGGCCUUGCUAGUGUCAUUGAGCAGGCCGCCGGGAUCAUUCAGUGGGCCGAUUUGGACGCGUCCGUAUCCAUUCUCCACCUCCAGCAUCACUUGAUGCGAAUUACCCACGAGCUCCGAGACCGACUUAACAACGCACCAUGGCUCACUCCGCAGCCUAUUGCCCGCAAGCGCGUUGCGCUGAUCAGAGGGCGGCCAAACCUCACUGCGGGCGGACCCAUCUAUCGCGCAGCAAGAGCCUUGGGGUUGGACCUUGUGAUAGUGGAUGAAGAAGGCCACUGGCUGCAAGCUGAUACCGAAGAGAAUAGGAUGCACCGGGAGGCUUUUCUCACAACAGACAUGACCGAAGAUGCCGGGAUCGUCGAUCGCAUUGUCAGGUCUCUUGCGAGUUACCCCUUACCAAUCCACGGAGUGUUCACCGUUUCCGACAACUUCUUCGUCACUGUCGCGCGGGUCGCCCAUGCGUUGGGCCUACCAGCCAGUCCUGUCUCGGCGUUUGAAACCUCGGUCGACAAGUACCGCUCUCGUCUCUUGCAAGACGUGCCCGGUCAAACAGCCAGAGUGAGCAGCCUCGACGAGCUGCAGACUCUCCUGGCUUGCCGAACAAAGGACCUCCAGGAAGCUUUCACGCCAGCAUUCCCCAUGAUAGUCAAGCCCACAAAGGGCUGGAGCUCUGAAUGUGUCUCCAAGGUCAACAGCAUUGGAGACCUCGCCACGGCAGUGCAGAAGGCCACGUCGCGCCACGGCAGCGCCGCUGUCAUUGAGCCCUUCUUCGACGGUCCCGAAAUCGACGUCAAUUUUGUCCUUCUGGAUGGCGCGAUCCUCUUUUGCGAAAUCGCCGACGAACCGCCCUGCCAAGCCGACUCCCGCGACGCUACCGUCGACGACACCUUCUCCCCCGAGGCACUCACCCUCCCGUCGGCGCUCCCCGCGGAGGAGCAAGAGAUUGCCAGGACUACGCUGCGGGAUAUCCUCGUCAAACUAGGCUUCCGCACAGGCAUUUUUCACGUCGAGGCUCGGAUGGUCAACUCGGCGUGCGAGUACCGCGAUGUUGGGAACGGGAUCAUCGAUCUGGUGCGGAAGGAGACCCCGCCGCCCGAAAGGCCCGCCUGUCGGCUGCUGGAGAUCAACGCCCGCCCACCCGGAUACCGCGUGACGGUGCCGUCGAGGCAUACGUAUGGCGUGGACUUCUUCGCGGCGCACAUGCUUGCCGCGGUGGGCGAUGCCGAGCGGCUGCGGCUGGCCGCCCGCCCGUUUGACCAUGCCUAUCAGGACAGGACGCAGGGGGCACAGUACUGGUCGCGACUCGUCUAUGUUGCCGCGCCCAAGGCGGGCACGGUUCGCUGGCCGCUGAAACUGUCGCCCUGCGAGGAGCUCAAGCGCCGCCGUCCGGACCUGGCUGAGAGGAUUGUGCUGGGAGUGGAUUAUUGCCAGCCGGGAGACAGGAUCUCGCUGUUUACCGACGGGGCGAGGACGUAUGUCGCGCAUCUGCUCGUGAGGAGUACCGUGAGCAGGAGGGAUGCGAUUGAGGUUGGCAAUGAGGUGCUGAGGAGUUUUAAGAUUGAGGUUGAGGAGGAGGUGCAGGGCGUUCAAGGCAAGUUUGAAGUCUAG